AUGAUUGCGUGUAGCGUAGCACCUGCACUUUUACAGCCAGUCCCAAGGCUCAUUACUCCUUUGAUGUAUUACAGCCACGCUCGGGAUGCUACUAAUGAUCCAUUCAGAAAUACCGCACCAUCCAUCCAUAAUGCAAGGCUCAAAGUUGAAGCAGAGUUUAAGACCUAUUGA